CUCCCAGCCUCUCCGGAGCCCGCCGGGGCCCGCGCCGGCCAGCGCCUGCCCUAUGAGUGUGUCACUGGUUGUCAUCCGACUGGAGCUCGCGGAACACUCGCCCGUCCCCGCCGGCUUCGGCUUCAGCGCCGCGGCCGGGGAAAUGUCCGAUGAGGAGAUCAAAGAGAAGACACUAGCUUCAGCUGUAGCCUGUUUAGAAGGGAAGUCACCAGGGGAGAAGGCGGCAAUCAUACAUCAGCAUCUUGGCCGUCGAGAAAUGACAGACGUGAUCAUUGAGACCAUGAAGUCCAACCCAGAUGAGCUGAAAGCUGCAGUGGAAGAAAGAAAGUCUUCAGAAGCAUCCCCCUCUGCACAGAAAAGUAAAGAAAGUGUAAAUACUCCUGAUUCUCCAUCCAAACAGCUUCCAGACCAGAUUUCAUUCUUCAGUGGAAAUCCAUCAGUUGAAAUAGUUCAUGGUAUUAUGCAUCUAUAUAAGACAAAUAAGAUGACCUCCUUAAAAGAAGAUGUGAGGCGCAGUGCCAUGCUGUGUAUUCUCACAGUCCCUGCUACAAUGACCAGUCAUGACCUUAUGAAGUUUGUCGCCCCAUUUAAUGAAGUAAUUGAACAAAUGAAAAUCAUCAGAGACUCUACUCCAAAUCAAUAUAUGGUGCUGAUAAAGUUUAGUGCACAGGCUGAUGCGGACAGUUUUUAUAUGGCAUGCAACGGCCGCCAGUUCAACUCAAUAGAAGAUGAUGUCUGCCAGCUGGUUUACGUGGAACGGGCUGAAGUACUGAAAUCUGAAGAUGGUGCCAGCCUCCCUGUGAUGGAUCUGACCGAGCUCCCCAAGUGCACCGUGUGCCUGGAGCGCAUGGAUGAGUCCGUGAAUGGCAUCCUCACCACGUUAUGUAACCACAGCUUCCACAGCCAGUGUCUGCAGCGCUGGGACGACACGACGUGCCCUGUUUGCCGGUACUGUCAAACGCCAGAGCCAGUAGAAGAAAAUAAGUGUUUUGAAUGUGGUGUUCAGGAAAACCUUUGGAUUUGUUUAAUAUGUGGCCACAUAGGAUGUGGACGGUAUGUAAGUCGACAUGCGUAUAAGCACUUUGAGGAAACCCAGCACACAUAUGCCAUGCAGCUCACCAACCAUCGAGUCUGGGACUAUGCUGGAGAUAAUUAUGUCCACCGACUGGUUGCAAGUAAAACAGAUGGAAAAAUAGUACAGUAUGAAUGUGAGGGUGAUACUUGCCAGGAAGAGAAAAUAGAUGCCUUGCAGUUAGAGUAUUCCUAUUUACUAACAAGCCAGCUGGAAUCACAGCGAAUCUACUGGGAAAACAAGAUAGUUCGGAUAGAGAAGGACACAGCAGAAGAAAUUAACAAUAUGAAGACCAAAUUUAAAGAAACAAUUGAGAAAUGUGAUAAUCUGGAGCACAGACUAAAUGACCUUCUAAAAGAAAAGCAAUCUAUGGAAAGAAAGUGCACUCAGCUAAACACAAAAGUAGCCAAACUCACCACGGAGCUCAAAGAGGAGCAGGAAAUGAACAAGUGUUUGCGAGCCAAUCAGGUCCUCCUGCAGAACAAGCUGAAGGAGGAAGAGAGGGUUUUGAAGGAGACCUGUGACAAGAAGGAUCUGCAGAUCACCGAGAUCCAGGAGCAGCUGCGUGAUGUCAUGUUCUACCUGGAGGCACAGCAGAAGAUCAACCACCUGCCUGCUGAGACCCGGCAGGAAAUCCAAGAGGGGCAGAUCAACAUUGCCAUGGCCUCUGCCUCAAGCUCUGCCUCUUCCGGGGGCAGUGGGAAGCUGCCCUCCAGGAAGAGCCGCAGCAAGCGGGGCAAGUGACCUUUGCAGAAACAGGUGUCCCUGAGACUUCCCUGGCCCAGCGAGGGUGUGCGGGGCCCAAAUGUGAGGGUGGGCCCAAAAUAAGUACAAGUGAGGAUCAAG